AUGGAGUCUUAUUAUGAAGAGGAGUAUCAAGCUGCAACCCCUUUGAUUGCUUCUAUACUAUGGGGCAAACAGAGUGAGAGAAAUCAACUUGUUAUACAGCUAGACACGUUGAACGACCAAAUAUCUGCAAAGAAUACUGCACUCAAUUUACCACCCGACGAUGGGCUCAUUAUAACUCCGGCCUUCUCUAUAGCAGCAGAUCUUCUCAGUGAAGCAUCAUUGCAACUUCUUGACUCUGGAGAAACUGCUAAAUUUUUCAAGGUCAAGAAGUACAUCAAUAGUACGAUUGAUGCAUAUCAAUUUCCUUCUAUCUGGAAGAUUACUUGGAAUGAGUUCCUUGACUAUCACUCCCUCCACACUGGAGAUGAUAUAGAAAGACUAAAGAAGUCUAAUCCUGUUAAGGCUGUCCACGAUUCUAGGGAAGAUCUUUCACCUAAACAGCUCUUUCAUAAUGGGCUUCAGGAUAAGAGAUUUCCUGAACAAUCGGCCAAGAAGGAAUCAUCGGAGGGAGAAUGGCCCAGGGGAGAGUUGUCCGAGGAAGAAUCACUGGAGGAAGCAUCAGGAGGAGAGUCUGAGAGAGAGUUGCCCGAGGAAGGAUCGUCGGAUGAAGAAUCAGAGAGAGAGUCAUCCGGCGAGGGAACAUCAGAGGAAGAGGCGUCCGAGGAAUCAGAGGAAGAAUCAUCGGAGCAAGAAUCAGAGGCAGAUUCGUCCAACGAAGAAUCGUCGGAGGGAGAAUCAUCAGAGGACGAAUCGUCGGAGGGAGAAUCAUCAGAGGACGAAUCAUCAGAGGACGAAUCAUCAGAGGACGAAUCAUCAGAGGACGAAUCAUCAGAGGACGAAUCAGAGGAAGAAUCGUCAGAGAGAGAGCUGUCCGAGGAAGAAUCAGAAGAGGAGGAGGAGGAGGGAGAUUUGGAGGAGGAAGAGUCCAGACAAACCUAUAAAUUUUGGCAGCAGAGUGUCCCAUUAGGCUCUGUUCGUCAAAACGCCCAGCGCGAGUUCAAAUUUCUCCUUACCAAAGGGUUUGUCUUGGGCUCGCCCGGUGAUCACAUAGUGAUCGUUGGGUUUACAUGCCAGGGCUUUCAUACAGCCCGCAUAAGACCCAAGGAAAGGUAUGAAGAUCAACUGGGUGGCCUUUCUACAGUCUCUUCCCGAGAGGCUUUGAUCGAUGGUGUUGGACUGGUAGCUUGGGACACUGGGGCCUCAAGUGAUACAGUUGCGGCUAUUUUCCCCAAAGAAGACGCAAACUAUCCGCCUACAUUUAUAUGGAUAAAGUGGGAGAAUGGAGAAUGGACAUGGGAAUCGCGCGAUGUCUUGAAAACCAUUCUUAAGGAUUUAACAUCCUAUGAAGUCGAUCUUCUCAUAUAUCAUUUAGCAAUUUCGCAGGAGGCUAACUUUCAAGAAAAACUUUGCGGAAACCGACCUUGCUUUUCCUACCCUCGUAUGUAG